AUGUUUCUUCACUCGAGUAACUCUGCAACUGAGCUAUACAGAGAAAGAACGAGUCACCGUGUGAAGCAGAUCAGAUCUAGGAUUGUAUUAUCGGUUAUGGCGAUUUCGUCGCAACCUGAUAUCUCCGGCGAACGUCAAUCCGGCCAGGAUGUUCGAACUCAAAAUGUUGUAGCUUGUCAAGCUGUUGCGAACAUUGUGAAGUCUUCGCUUGGCCCUGUUGGCCUCGACAAGAUGUUGGUCGAUGAUAUUGGUGACGUGACUAUCACUAAUGAUGGUGCGACGAUAUUGAAAAUGCUGGAGGUUGAACAUCCUGCUGCCAAGGUUCUUGUGGAGCUGGCAGAAUUACAAGACCGAGAAGUGGGAGAUGGCACGACAUCUGUGGUCAUUAUAGCUGCUGAAUUGCUGAAGAGAGCUAAUGAUUUAGUGAGAAACAAGAUUCAUCCAACAUCGAUAAUCAGUGGUUACAGGCUUGCUAUGAGGGAAGCAUGCAAAUACGUUGAUGAGAAAUUGGCUGUAAAGGUUGAAAAGCUUGGCAAAGAUUCCCUGGUGAACAGUGCCAAGACCAGCAUGUCCUCAAAGUUGAUAGGUGGUAACAGUGACUUCUUCGCAAAUCUGGUUGUUGAAGCUGUACAAGCAGUAAAAAUGACAAAUGCAAGAGGCGAAGUUCGGUAUCCAAUCAAGGGAAUCAAUAUUCUUAAAGCCCAUGGGCAAAGUGCCAGAGAUAGCUAUCUACUUAAAGGAUAUGCUCUGAAUACAGGGCGCGCUGCACAGGGGAUGCCCUUGAGGGUUGCCCCUGCUAGAAUUGCUUGCCUUGAUUUUAAUCUUCAGAAGACUAAAAUGCAAAUGGGAGUCCAAGUCUUAGUCAAUGACCCCCGGGAGUUGGAAAAGAUCCGUCAGCCAUAUGAGUUCUUAGAUCUCUUUGAAACUAUGACUUUUUCGAUCGUCAUUGCUCUCUUGUUCUCUGUCAUUGCUCAAGACUCGUGUGGAAUUGUUUUAAAAGAAGCUGACAUGACAAAAGAACGUAUUGAGAAGCUUCUAAAGGCAGGAGCAAAUGUGGUCUUAACGACUAAAGGAAUUGAUGACAUGGCAUUAAAGGCAUGCUUUCUUUUAAUUCACUCUAGAAAACCUAUGUUUCUCGGUGAAUCUUACUUUGUGGAAGCUGGUGCCAUAGCUGUUAGACGAGUUCGCAAGGAAGACCUGCGCCAUGUUGCCAAGGCAACUGGUGCUACGGCGAUCUCUACUUUUGCUGAUAUGGAAGGGGAGGAAACAUUUGAUUCAUCACUUCUAGGAUAUGCUGAGGAAGUAGUGGAAGAACGUAUUGCUGAUGAUGAUGUGAUUUUGAUAAAAGGGACCAAAACCUCAAGUGCAGUUUCAUUAAUACUAAGAGGUGCCAACGAUUACAUGCUAGAUGAGAUGGACAGGGCUUUGCAUGAUGCCCUUUGCAUUGUUAAGAGAACUCUGGAGUCUAACACAGUUGUUGCUGGCGGAGGUGCUGUUGAGGCUGCCCUAUCCGUGUAUCUGGAAAAUUUAGCUACUACCUUGGGAUCCAGAGAGCAACUGGCAAUUGCAGAAUUUGCUGAAUCUUUGUUAAUAAUACCCAAGGUGCUCGCUGUCAAUGCUGCUAAAGAUGCAACUGAGUUGGUUGCUAAACUACGAGCCUACCACCACACUGCACAAACUAAAGCUGACAAAAAGCAUCUGUCAAGAUUGCAUCCUCAAGACUCUAGGGAGUUAUAUGUUGGUAAAUAUGAACUGCAAGAGGUGUUGAUAACACUUCGGGGGUGUAAUGUGUUUUUCAUGGGUCUAGACCUGACGAAGGGUACCAUCCGCAAUAACUUGGAAGCUGGAGUCAUUGAGCCUGCAAUGAGCAAAGUGAAGAUAAUUCAGUUUGCUACUGAAGCUGCUAUUACCAUUCUUCGAAUUGAUGACAUGAUCAAGCUUGUCAAAGAUGAGAGUCAGAAUGAUGAGUAAUUAGGCUUGCCUUGAAUUGAUUAUUGUAAGUUGAUUAUGAUGUUUGAUGGAGGACUUUUGAGAUUUUUGAUUUGGUACUUAAUUUAGCGUUGUUAUGAAAGCUGAAGGAAAAGUUUUGUUGAUUGUGUAAGGGAAUUGCCUCUGUACUGUUAAGUGGUAACACAAUUGUGUUUUUCUGCUUUCUCCUUAGCGUGUAGAAUACAUUUGUUGUGUGGUACAUUUCCAUAACUUCUCUGUUUGAUAGAAUUAUCUUCUUGGGAAUCAUUUCAAUUUUCAAAUCCUAAG